CCGAAAGGAGGCCGGACCGAUCGGACUCACACGUGUGGACGGCGACCCAGUAUCCCGGGCCGCUGGCACCGCGGUGCCGCUCAUUCCCCGGAGCCAGGACUUGCUGGGCCAUGGUAAUGUCACUAAAGGGACAGCAGUUUGGCUUUCUGGAUGAGUAGCUGGCCAGCACACAAUGGCAAAACCUGAUCAGCAGGCAGGCAGUGUCGUCCCAGUUGGAUCUGACCAGGGACACUCAAAAAAGAAGAAAAAGAGAAAGAAAUUCUGGGCCAAGGAGAAAAGUGUCACCAAACAGAGGACUGAACCAGUACUGCCUCCAAAGGAUGUUGCGGAGUACUCAUCCAACUGGAAGACUCUACAGCAGUUACUGAAUCAGAAGACUGAAGAGGAGAACAACGUUCCAGUCAGCAAAUUCAAAAAGAAGACGAAGGAGCAUCGCCAAGGAACACAAGGAGUUAAAUCUGAAACGGGAGCGGAAAGGAAGACCCAGUCGCUCUCUCUGGCUACAAGUGCACCUGUAAAAGAAAAUGGAGUGAAACUGAAUAAGAAAUCACACCAGGGGACUAAACACAGGGACAGUGAGCCGGGUAGGAAUAGCCAAGCACCUCCAGAUAAAGAUUAUUCCCCUCAUAGGAAAAAGAGACGAAAGACUCAACCAGAACCAGAGCCUGAGAAACCAACUGAGCCGGACAUUUGGUUUGAUGAUGUAGAUCCCGAUGACAUCGAAGCAGCAAUGGGACCGGAAGCUGCAAACGUUGCUCGACAGCAAGAACGUGCACCGCAGGAAAAUCCGAACCCUACACAACAAAGCCCGGAAAAGUUGCUGGUUAAAGAUGGAGCUUUUGAAGGACUGACGAAAGCUGUAGCAAUGGACUGUGAGAUGGUUGGUGUGGGGCCGGACAAAGUGGAAAGCAUCCUCGCACGGGUUUCCAUCGUAAAUAAGUUUGGCAAGUGCAUUUAUGACAAGUACGUGAAACCAACAGAAAAGGUGACCGAUUACAGGACCUGGGUGAGUGGAAUACGUCCGGAGGACAUUAAGAACGGUGAAGAUUUUAAAGUCGUGCAGAAGGAGGUGGCAGACAUCUUGAAAGGAAGGAUCUUAGUAGGUCACGCUGUACACAAUGAUCUUAAGAUCCUGUUUUUGAGUCAUCCGAAGAAGAAAAUUCGUGACACGCAGAAAUAUAAACCUUUCAAAGCACUUGUCAAAUGUGGUCGGCCCUCGCUCAAGCAUCUAUGUCGGCAGAUCCUAAAGGUCAAAGUUCAAGAAUCCGAACAUUCUUCGGUGCAGGAUGCCCAGGCGACAAUGAGACUUUACACAUUGGCACGGCAACAGUGGGAAGCAGGAUUAAAGGCCAAGUACAAAGCGAAGAAAGAAGGUGUGAAGGAGAAAACUGAAUCGAAGAGGGAUAAGACAGCAAGAGGGCGAUGAGGGGGUCAGCGUUUGGUAUUCUGUGAGAGGUCAAUCUGAGCCUCCAUUCCCCUACAAUUUAAAUUUGACAGAGGGACACUUCAGGAACGGACCUUGUGACAGCAGAUGAAUUUUCCUACACGUAUAGAUAUUUUAAUGAAGAACAUGCAGAAGGAGUAGGAGUUGACGGCAAAUCCCUUGAAUUUGUACGUUUCCUGCGGUAACUGGAUGGUCUGGACUGAUAGGAAAUCCAGGAUAUCGCAGAUUCCCCACCUCAGUUAAUUUUUUUUUAGAAAAUAAAUCUUGUCAGA